AUGCUGCUGCGAAAAUCUCAAAGCGUGACCUGCUUCCGAUUCGGACGGCAUGCUCGCACGUCAUCCCUCAUGACCCUUAGAAGUGCCACUACGUCGUCCUGUAGCACCUCCGCCCCCGAGACCGCGGCAACAAGGCACGUCACCAUCCGAGAUGCGCGACGAGCCGACGCGCGCUUCCUGUCGCAAGUGAUGCUGCAGGCCUCGCGCUCGCAUCUGGACAAGGGCGUCUACGACAUCUACUUCCCCACCUUCUCCGACGACGAGCGCCUUGCCCUCCUCGCCGACAUGGCCGACUGCAGCCCCGACGCCGGCAGCGUCUGCUGCUGGGAUGGGUUCCUCGUCGCAGAGGUGAACGGCACGCCGGCCGCCGCGCUUGCGGGGUAUGGGUCGGACACGAAGUCCACGCAAGGCUACCUCGACACGAUGUGGGACGCGCUGAAGAGGCGCGGCUGGACGCGGGACCAGUUCGAGCGCAUGCUCGAGAAGCGGGAGGCUAUCGACUCAGUCACCACAAAGGACUCGCGGCGGCUCUGGGUCGUCGACUGGGUGACCACCCUGCCCGAGUUCCGAAAGCUGGGCCUCAUCAGCAAGCUCCUGCACCUAAUCCUUCAGCGAGGAAAGGAGCGAGGGUACAAGCUGGCGGAGGUGUCGGUCUUCCUGGGCAACGAUCCGGCGAUCCUGGCCUACAAGAAGAAGGGCUUCGAAGAGUACCAGUCCAUCGCCAGCCCCGUGUGGCAGCGCGUCAUCAACUGCCCCGGCAUCAUGCGCCUCAUCAAGCCGCUCAACGAUAACGACCCAGGGGCAGCCCCGACACAGCCCUCUGCUGAGUAA